CCGUUCGUUCGUUCGUUAGGGGGAGCGGGAAGCGGGGCCAGCCCAAAAACGGAAGACCAGCGUCGAGGCACUUCCAGGGAGCGAGCGAAGCAGCGACGACGCCCCGACGAGGAACCAGCGAGCGAGCGAGCGAGCGAGCCAGAAGGAGGAAUGGUAGAAGAAUGAACGUGGACCAGAGAGAGAGAGAGAGAGCGAGAGAGCGAGGGAGCGAGGGAGUAAGGAAAAAGAGAGAGAGACGAGCAUGGGGGGCGCCAUGGACGACGAAGUUGAAUAGUUGGGGUUUGUGGUGCAAGAAACUGGAAUACUGGAUUGGCAUCGUCUGUCGCAGCAACCACCCAUGAGGCACACGCAUAACGGCAAAUUGGUGAUGCAUGGACGGACAGAUGGGUCGUCGUCGUCGUGGGCCAUUUGAAAAAUGGUCUAUGAUUUGGUGAUGGGAGUUGAAUCGGGGAGUUGAGCGAUGGCCGGGGGUUAUCUUUCUUGCGCUUGUUGGUGAUUGGGGGUUGAUAGCGGAUGGGUAGCACUGGUGCUGUGGCUAUGGCGGGGGUGACGGCACGGGAGUGAAGUAGUCGACUUCGUCGUGAUGGCGGGGGCGUUGUUUUUAUUUUAUUAUAUUGUUUGCGACCAAGUGUGAGGGAUGGAACCGCCCGGCGAAGGGUUGAGUGAUGCUUAGUGAGACGGUUCAAAUUCCGCUAAGGUUGACAGCGGCGGACAAUUGUAAGAUCCGUAAGAUUUUAGUGAUGUGAAAGUGAUGAUUUAGCUGCACCAGCGCACAGGAAGGUUGCCCGUAGUGGAUGCGGUGAAGGUCUGUCUUAGGAGGAACAAUGCCCUACAGUGGGAGAGUAGGCGUGACUUACAAGGAAGUGCGCAUACCGAAAGCGCCGUUAUUGGCAUGCCUAACGUGUCCUCUGUGCAACUACUUGAUUCGGGAAGCGACAACAAUAUCAGAGUGCCUCCACACGUUUUGUAAAGCUUGUAUCACCGCCGAACUUAGUAAUGGAGAGUCAGAGUGCUGCCCGAUGUGUCAUGUUGGCCUUGGAACUCUCCCGCUGGAAAAACUUAGGGCGGAUCACCAAUUAAAUGAUUUAAAGGAAAAGCUGUUCCCUAGCAAUGUGAAGAAGCGGAAGCUAGGACUGGCGAUAGGUAGUCCAGGAACAUCGAAUGCCACUAAACGGAAAGAAAGGUCUCUGUACUCUCUAGGGGUGAAGGGGACACUGGCCGUAAAUCCAGGAUAUGCCAAUCGCAAAACCAGGGCCUUACCAGGUACUCAUGGUGGCAGCGAGCCAAGUAGCAUUGACGAGGAGCUUGAGGAUGACGACGACGAUGAAGACGAUCUCUCUGAAGAUGAGCCAAGCACAACAUUGAAAUUAUCCUACAAUGGAGGAUCUAGAAGGUCGCGGUCUCCAGAUGAGGUUCCCGAGGCCAAAGUGUACCCUCAUUCAGAACCCAGAAGACGGACGGAGGACCUGGCGUCAACACCGAAAGCGGAUGCGGAGCAUCUUCGAGGCGCGUCAAAAUCCAAGUCGUUUUCAAUGUCGAAGAUGGGUCACCGACUCAAGACUCUUUCUAACGGCAAUAAAACGUCAGGUUCAUUAUCUGGGUCGAAAGAGAUUUUGAAAAAUCCGCGGGGUUCCCGAAAGCACAAUGGAUCCUCGAAUUCGGGGGGAGCAGGCAGGGAGACGGAUGCAAUAAAUCCUAUGGAUGUCCUGGCUCAGGUUGCCAAUGCGGAUGCCGCUAGGGAAGACAUAGGCUCUGGGCCAUCCUCUCCUUCACCUGGCUUGCACACUACAGGCAACGGCAGCAAACCUGCCCGGGGUCAAAAGGAUGUCAAAGAGGGAGUUUUGGCUAAAGUAGGCUCAAAUCACAAAGACACUUCUGCGGCAAAUUCAAACGGUCAGUCGUUGCAAGCACGUUUACGACAAACUCUGAACGGUGUCAUUGAACGGCCCUCCAUAAUACGCAAUACUCCACGUCCAGUUUCAGGAUCUCCGGUCGCAGGUCAAUCCUCAAGAGCUCCUUCAAACGGGAUAUGGUUCCAUCUUGAAUCUGGUGAUUUACAGGCCAACGAGGACGCACUACCACCUCUGUCUUAUCCUUAUGUGCGUAUUAAGGAUGGGAAGUUGCCUGUCUCCAUGGUGAAGAAAUACCUCGUACAAAAAUUCGCUCACAAGGUAAAAACUGAAAUGGAAGUGGAGAUCACCUGCCGGGGUCAGCCGGUAGUGUCAAGCCUACCUUUGGAGGGCAUUCGAGAUAUUUGGUUUAGUGCUCAGGUUUCAGAUCAAACGCAAACACAAACGCAAGCCUUGCCACCAACACAAUCACAGGGGGAACCAUCAACUGCUCCCGCAAAUGGAAGUGGCCCCUCAGAACCUGCAUCAGCAGCAGACUUUCUCAUGGUUCUCACUUACAAAAGGCAUCGGAAACCUAGAAUUUGCUGAGAACCUCUACUAGAUUUUAGUUUCAAUUUAUUUUAGUUUUUUUCUUUUUGGUUCUUGAAGGUGCAGGUAAGUGACAGUCCUUGGCAUGUCUGUCUUGACAGAUGAUGCUCGCCUCUCAUAGUGAAUGACGAACUGCACAUGGCCCUGGCAUUAAGGGCGGUCUUAGUAAGUACCUAUUUAUGAGUUUUAGAUAGCGUGUAUUCGAGGCUGCAAGACUGUGAGUUUGUUGAGCUUCCGGUUCGGCGAUUUUGUAGAUUGAUUUUUGUACUUCGCUUUAAUCUCUGUCAGACAUACACGAGUGGUGUGCCAUUUUGUUUCUGUGCA